AUGGCUCUUGUAUCUGAGAGUAGCUCAGAUCUCGGACUAGGACGUGACUGUCGAGAUGUCCUGUCUGACAGCUGUUGUAGCCGUUGUCCUAUGUGGCGGUUGCUUGUUGUCUAUGCUGGGUCCACGUGUCUAGCAGUUAAGGCAGCAAGAAAACUCUCUGUUUCUUUGUCUUCUUUUAGUUUCCAGUUUUUACUUUCUUUGACACCAGUGUUUGUUAGUUGCUGCUUGGAAGUGUGUGAUAUGCCUCUGGUUUUGAUUUUGGAUUUCCGCCAUUGUAAUUUUAAUUUUGGGUUUCUGAAUCGUAGAGAGAAAAACUCUCAUUGCGUUUUGUGGUAUGUUGAUUUUCCAGAAAUGGGUGAAAUUUGUUCGUGUUUGCCUUUGAUUUCCUUUUUCCUUGUGGCUUUCCCUGAAUUAACGUGUCUGGGUGUGAAUUUCCAGAAAUCUGGAAAUUCAUUUUGUCGUCUUCGUGUUUCUGAUGGUAUGUCGGGUGACCCAUCAGAUCGCGAGGAAGGGGUAGGUUAUGAUGAUAACGACCAAGGGACGGCUGAGGCGUCCGUGGAAUUUCACGUAGUUCGCUCCAGCCGAGCUAAUUUCUUGGAGGCGGAGGAGGUGGGCACCUCGCAACCGCGAGUUUCGAAGAAGUCAAAGGGAAAAGAUAAAACCGCGGAUGUUGGUGGUCGACCGGAUGAUCGGGACAUUAAAGCGUCUCGGUGUACCGUUGGUUUUUUGGAUGCGGUGCGCGUAGCUUUCAGUAUCCCGGAGGAGUACGAGCUCUCCGUUAUUCCCGAGGGUCAGAGAUUGAACAACACUCCUCCGGCGAAUACGAUCAUGUUGACUCUGGAGCAUUUGCAGUCAGGGAUAAGGUUUCCUCUGUCCGAGGAGUACCAGCGGUUGAGCGCCUAUUUCAAAGUUCCUUUGUCUCAGAUCCAUCCCAACGGAGUUCGGCAUUACUCGUGCUUUCUGAAGCUCUGUCAGCGGACUGGGGUCGUGGAUUCCAUGAGGUUAUUCUGCUGUCUGUAUCUGUUGUCUUUGAAAGACCAGAACCAUUUUGCGUAUAUUAGGUUUCGGGGUGAGAGGAAGGAUGUGCCUGGGGGUUUGUUUACUGGGAUAACCGACUCUCUAAGGGAUUUCAAAGAGGACUAUUUCCGAGUUACUCAUCCGACCGCCUUUCGGGGGAUGAUCAACACCUGGAGCUCGGAUUGUCAUAAACCGGAUAAAUGGUUUCAUACCCCCAGCCCUUUCGAGUCGGCUGACAUAGCUAAGCUUCGGGAUGCCACGCCCGAUGGGAAAAAGGCUCACGCCGAUGUUCUUUGCCCAAAAAUCCUUGUACAUUUAUGCGUUUUUGUUUUGUUGUUGUCUCCCCUUUUUUUUUAUUUUUCACGAUUUGCUCGACUUGCUCUUAUCUGCUGUUUUAUCCGUACUGACCUUUGUCCUAUGCUUCUUUCAGUGAACAGUAUUGAUGUAUCCCGGCUUGCUGGCAAAAAGCGCAAAAGACCAGCAAACCGAGCUCCUGCUCCGGCGCCGGCUCCUAUGGCCCGAGCUGCCGCAACUGCAGCCACUCCCGAGGCUUCCGGGGUGCCGAGGCCUGAGGUCCCUGAGAAUGCUGCCCCCGCGGUGGGUGUGAGCCCCGUGCCUCUUCGGGUUCAGCUGCCGGGCGGGAUAGAGGUCCCUGUUUCCGCCGAGCCCGUGGGGACUAUCCCUUUCAUAAACUUGGAUUCCACCGGGACUGUAGAUGGUCCGGUUCAAAAAGAAGCUGCUCCCCGAGGAGAUGUUCCUAAGGAGGCUGGCCCGAGCUCUAAAGGUCCCCGGGCAUCUUUGGCGGAUCUGCCGCCUGUUUCUUCGGACUCAAGCACGGCGGCUUCGGGUCCCCAGACAAUAACUCGGGCGAGCUUUGCCGAGUGGGUAAGUCGCCAUAAUGAUGGUGCCCGGGCAACCUUGAACAACCUUCCGAUUGCCGGAGACGUUGCUCGGGUAACCACUUUACCCAUCGACUUAGCCCAUUAUAAAACUCACCGGCCUGAGAAUUUGCUGGCAGUUGUCUCCUCGCUCUGUCUCCAGGCAGCUCAAGUAUCUUACUUGGCGGACCAGAAUGCCAAUAAGAACGAGGUUGAUCUAUUGCUGGCCAAGAACCUUCUUCUGUCCGAGCAAGCGAAGGUUCGAAGUGCUGAGAAACGUGCUGCUGACGCCGAGAAGAAAGCCUCCGAUGGGGCCGCCCUGGUAGCUAAGCUGGAAUUGCAACUGAAGAAUUCCGAGGAUCGAAGGUCGGAGGACUUGGAGAUGCUCGGAAAGCUGAGAAAUGACGUCAGUCGUCUGGAGACUGAGAAGGCUGCUGAGAAAGAGGAUUUCUCGAAGCAACUCGCCGACGUCACUCGUCGAAAUGAGCUGGCUUCCCAGGGGCUCCGGAGUUCGGUGGAGGAUCUGAAGAAAAAGCUGGCCGAUGCCGUGGCACGAGCUGAUAAAGCCGAAGUCCAAGUCACAGAGGGUGCCACCCGGGAGGAGAAUUUGUACGAGGACUUUCGGAAGAUGCUGUAUGUGGGCGAGGUCCAAGUUGGUGAGUUCAUAAGAGGUCGGUUUGGAGCUGAUGUCGACGUCUCAGAUUUUAAGCUGGACGUGGUUGACUUGCACCGCCGUGCCAAAGAUCUGCCCGAAGAUUACGAUAUACCGGCAGAUAUUGAAGAUUAUCUGGCCGAUGAUCAGGGCGAGGGCCCAAACUGAGGCAAUUUGUUUUUGUAAUUGUUGAACAAUUUAGUU